GCUGUGGACCAAGCAAUAGUGAAUGAAUAGCAGCUUCCAGUUUUCUUUGACAAAAGGAGGAAGAGUUUCCAUGCCUGAAAUAUAUUCUAGAUUCAAUUCUUCACACUGGCUUAAGAAUUGAAAGUAUGCAGGACAGAAGUUGUGAGCUUCAAGCUGCACCCCUAUCUUGCAUUAUGAGAGAAGCUUCCCAUUCAGAGAAAAGCAGUUCUGCGGGAAGCCAUGAAAACAUGUCUGAGGAUUCCUCAUCUUAUGAAUUAUUUUAUGAUUCCCUGUCAGACAUACCUGAUGGUGAUUUCUCAAAUGAUCUCUCUGCCUUCCUGAAUGAAGAGGAAAUAAGCAAAAGCCUUGAACUUGCUCAUAAAUCUAUUACAAAUUCUGCACAGGAAGAGAAAAAGGCAACACAGGAGUUCACACAUAACUUCAACACUUAUCCAAACUCACCAGAGGAUGACUCUUCCAGGAAUACCAAAGAACAAGACACCUCCAAGAGAACUCAGGCACCCAUCCCAAAUCCAUUGGUGACUUCAGCACAACCAGAGCAGAAAAAACAGAAUGCAUAUCCUCCAGAUGCAAACAAUUUAUUAAAUGUAACUCGGAAACAAUCUAAUAUAUCACCCCUACUACUUGCAAGACCCAGCUUUAUUCGCAGUCUGAAAAAUGCUGAAAGAUGUGAUCCAAGUGUGCAGAAGAUGAGCUCAAAAUGCAAACCUGCAUCAGCAGAUGAUGUUCCCUUCAAAAACAAACUAUGUGACAAAGCAGCUACUUUGAUUGAGGAGCUCUCUUCCAUCUUUCGAGAAGCAGCCAAGACAAGAGUUAGAAGUCCAGAUGGAAAUUCUUCUUCUCCAGACAGUGGAUACCUUUCCCCUAAAAACAAACAAUCGACCAUACCCAAUUCUUUAAGGAACCCAUCUCCUGACAAAACAUGCAUGGAGGUCACAGCAGAGAAUGAGAUAUCUGGAGUCAUUGAUGCUGGAGAAUCUUUGCUGGAAAGCAAGGAAGACUCUCAAGGUAAUGAGAGUGUUGCCAUGAAUCAUGUCACAAAAGAAAGUCACCAUCAGUCAUCACCACCUCGAUUUACCCAGAAACUCAAGAGUCAAGAAGUUGCGGAAGGAAGCAAGGUGGUGCUUGAGUGCAGAGUUGCUGGAAACCCAACACCACAUGUAAGGUGGUUCUGUGAAGGAAAACAACUACUGAAUUCCCCUGAUAUACAGAUAUGUUGUGAAAGUGGAGGACUUCAUACACUAGUAAUAACAGAAGCCUUUGAGGACGAUACAGGUCGCUACUGCUGCCUGGCCUCAAAUUCUGUUGGCUCUGAUUCUACAUCCGCAGAACUAUUUGUUGAAGGUGCCAGCUCUUCAGAUUCUGACAGUGAAAUUUUCAGAUCAAAAUCUGGAGCCAUGCCACAGGCUCAAAAGAAAAGCACUUCUGUUUCUUUAACGAUAGGACCUUCUGCUCCGAAGGCUGGAAUCACUACAGCCGUAAUCCAACCUAUUGCAGUGCCUCGUCAGCAGGUCCAAAGUCCUACUUCAUACUUCUGCAGAUUAGAUGGCUCAAAACCUGGUCAUGCUGGACCUAUUUUUACAAAGGAGCUGCAAAAUUCAACAGCAAGCGAAGGACAAGUAGUUGUUCUUGAGUGCAGAGUGAGGGGAGCACCUCCCUUGCAUGUCAUGUGGUUUCGGCAAGGGACAGAAAUUCAAGAUUCGCCAGAUUUCCGAAUCCUUCAAAAAAAGCCCCGGUCUGCAGCUGAACCUGAAGAGAUAUGUACACUUGUGAUAGCAGAGACCUUCCCUGAAGAUGCAGGAAUCUUCACAUGCACAGCAAGAAAUGAUUAUGGAUCGGUCUCAAGCAGUGCAAAACUGACUGUGCUGUCAGCCAACUCUGAAAGCCACAGCCAAGACUUGUUGAUGCAAGAGCAGAAUGAUGAUGACUUCCACCACCUCCCACCUCCACCUCCACCUCUUGAGAUUAGUUCUGUUGAGCUUCCUCCAAAGCACUCUGAGAACCAUGAGAUGAAUAAUACUCGAUCAAAUGUAGCAGCUCUUCAAUUACAGCUCAACUCUGUAGAGAAGAAAACGAAUGGUGUUCAUCCCAGCCAUGGAGUAAAUGGGGUGAUGAAUGGCAACAUCAACACCGACAGAUCUCUCCCUCAUCCUGGCAACUUGCUUUCACCCACAAAAACGCCGCCACCUGUGCUUGCCAAACCAAAGCUGGACCCCUUAAGAAUCCAGCAGUUGCAGAACCAAAUCCGACUGGAAAAAGAAGCUUCCCACUGGUAUCAGCAGCCACCAGCUGGUUUCCACCAAAAUCUGCCUUUGUCUCCAACUUUUCCACCUCCACCUUCAUUCCAAGAACUUGAGUCCAGCCACUCCAUAGUUUGCACCCCUGUGCAAAUGAGUGUUCUCAACUCUCAUUCUGCUCCCACCAUGCAGUCAUCCAGCUCCUUCAACUACACCCGCCCCAAACAGUUCAUUGCUGCACAGAAUAUCAGUCCUGCUUCAAGCUACGUGACUCCUUCAUCCGGAUCAUCCACAUCGAGCCUCCCGUCCCCCAUGUCUCCCACUGCUUCGCAGAAACAAUUCGGCAGAACAUCUGCUCUCUCUUUCUCUCAGCCGUUUUCACCUGAAGGGGAAUACCCGUGGUCUCCUUCUCCACCUCCUCCUCCUCCCCCUGUUUUUAGUCCAACCUCCACUUUUUCGGUGGCUGAUUCCUUUCCACUGCCGCCACCUCCUCCUCCUCCUCUCCCAACCUCUGUCCCUUCUCCAUCCCGCAGUCUUUCUCCAACAUCUAGAUUUUCCAAUUCUACCCAGUCACCAGCAGCUUUCCUCAGCUCCAUGCUACCAUCCCAGCCGUCUCCAGUCUCUGUAAAUGCACUAGGACUUCCAAAGGGUGUCACACCUCCGGGGUUUCCAAAGAAAACAGGCCGAACUGCCAGGAUUGCAUCUGAUGAAGAAAUUCAGGGCACAAAAGAUGCCGUUAUCCAGGACCUCGAAAGAAAGCUUCGCUUCAAGGAGGACCUGUUGAACAAUGGCCAGCCGAAAUUAACAUAUGAGGAGAAGAUGGCUCGCCGACUGCUAGGUGCUGACAGUGCUGCAACUGUCUUCAAUAUUCAAGAGCCAGAAGAAGAGCUGGCCGGACAGGGAACUGGCUCUCUUGAUGCUUCUGUAGUGACUCCUGAGGCUGUUCAAAAGGAAUACAAAGUCUCCAGCUUCGAACAGAGGUUGAUCAGUGAGAUUGAAUUUCGGCUGGAAAGAUCUCCUGUCGAGGAGUCUGAUGAUGAGGUGGAGCAUGGAGAAGAUGCCCCUGAUAAUGGUGUGGCUCCUUACUUUGAGAUGAAGCUGAAACAUUACAAAAUAUUCGAGGGAAUGCCAGUCACCUUUACAUGCAUAGUGUCUGGGAAUCCAAAUCCAAAGAUUUAUUGGUUCAAAGAUGGGAAGCAAAUCUCUAAAAGGAGUGAACACUACAGGAUGCAAAGAGAACCUGAUGGGACCUGCUCUCUCCACACUACAGCCUCCACCCUGGAUGAUGAUGGGAAUUAUACCAUCAUGGCUGCCAACCCACAGGGCCGAGUAAGCUGUACAGGAAGACUAAUGGUCCAGGCUGUCAACCAGAGAGGACGCAGCCCCCGAACACCACCUAACCAGCCUCACACCAGAAGGCCUCGUUCUCGAUCAAGGGAUAGUGGAGAUGAAAAUGAACCAAUCCAGGAACGCUUCUUCCGACCUCAUUUUCUGCAGGCCCCUGGAGACCUGAUAGUUCAAGAAGGAAAACUUUGUAGAAUGGACUGCAAGGUCAGUGGCUUGCCAACCCCAGAUAUCAGCUGGCAACUCAAUGGAAGAGUAAUACGUUCUGAUUCCUCCCACAAAAUGCUUGUGCGUGAAAAUGGUGUACACUCCCUGAUAAUAGAGCCGGUCACAGCAAGGGAUGCGGGCAUUUAUACAUGUGUGGCUACUAAUCGAGCUGGUCAGAACACAUUCAGCCUGGAACUAAUUGUUGCAGCCAAGGAAGCACACAAGCCCCCUGUAUUUUUAGAUAAACUACAAAACACCGGAGUUGCUGAGGGGUAUCCUGUGCGACUGGAGUGCCGGGUUUCCGGAGUGCCAUACCCUCAGAUCUUCUGGAAGAAAGAAAAUGAGUCACUCACCUAUAAUACUGACAGAUUGAGCAUGCACCAGGAUAAUCAUGGCUACAUCUGCCUACUUGUUCAGGGAGCUACAAAAGAAGAUGCUGGUUGGUACACUGUGUCAGCAAAGAAUGAGGCUGGAAUUGUGUCCUGCACAGCAAGGCUGGAUGUCUAUACUCAGUGGCAACAACAGCCCCAGACCACCAAGCCAAAGAAGGUGCGUCCCUCAGCCAGCCGCUACGCAGCACUUUCUGACCAAGGACUAGACAUCAAAGCUGCAUUUCAGCCAGAGGCAAAUCCAGGACAUCUGACACUGCAAUCUGGAUUGGUAGAAAGUGAUGAUCUGUAAAUUUUAGCUAUCAGAUUUAUCAUUUUCUUUCAAAGUGAAAACACUGAAAGCCAUUGUCUUGACCAAUGAUAAUUUAUGCCACUUUAUGUGAAAGGCAGACACUUUUGUGUGCAAAAAUAAGGAAUACCAUACUCAUAUAUUUCUUGCUCAGUGUAACAAAUUAGAGUAGGUAGUGAAUAUUCAGAAAUGUAAAAUCUGCACACAUACACACUACCUUCACAAUAAACAGUUUCUUGCUAGUUUAUGGGGUGUAGUAUUUUUGAACAAUCCUAUUCACAAAUGCGGAUGUGGAUGCGAUUUUUCAAAAGCAAACACACUGCAGAACAUAUCACUUAAGUGCCUUUGCAAGUUGUAGGUGCUGUUACUAAUGCUAGCCAUUUUAUUGGGCCACAACACAACUGCGAGCAUAUCGGCAAUACAUUCUGGUGUUGACAGUGAAAAUGUGCAAUAGUGAAGGAAUAAAACAAGCCUGAGAAAGAAAGAGCUAAACAAAAUGUACAUUGCUUUCUGUUCUCCAAAGAGAAGGGAGCUACUUGCCUUAAAUUGCUUUGUAUGAGGGAGCUUCACACGUGAAAGCUUCCUUUGAUUUUUGCCAACUGAGGAGUCGCAAAUCUAUAAAUAUGCUGCCAAGCUAAAUCAAUCAUAACAUAAUUUAAAAUGGAGGCAGUAUGAUGGGAUUGUUUUAGUGUUGGAUUUGUAACAGUGGGAUGGAAUGAGGCAAAAGGUCAAGUCUUUUUCAGAGGACGAAACUGCUACAGGUGAAAACAUUGCAGUCUCUCUCUCGGAAACACCAGGGUUACCUAAAUGUUUCUUGUGAAACACUAGGCAGGGGCUCAACCAGAACCUAUAUGACAAAAGAAUGGAUAUUUAGGAGUUAGAGUAAGUAAGUGGGGGAAGGACUGAGUCUGUAAUAAGAUUUAAAUAAAAUAAGCACAUACUAUAAUAGAUCAGUAGAUAUGGGAGAAUGCAGAAUGAUAAGGAAAUGGUGUUUCAUUUUAAACACUGUAUGCAUGCAUACUAGAAGUUACAUUUAUGUGUUCUUGUCUACUGCAGCAUGAACAACAACCUGCCUAUGACUGGGACCUUGUGAAAAAGUUUAAAAUGGUUGAUGUUCCAGAAGGUAGACUAGCUCUCUAUCGAAAUUAGAAUUUUUGUAGAUUAUACUAAGCAAUUUGGAUUCAAAAUUAAUUCAUUUUAAUCAGGAGAGAGUUGUAAACCACUUUGAUUGGGUCUGGCAGGAAAAAAAUGCAGUUGUGAUGGUACAAGAGUAUUUUGCUACAAAAGGAAAUCACUGUAUUCCUUUUAUGAAGCACAUUGAUAGUACUUUAUUUAUAAUAAAAUGUUGAAUCUUUUAUCUCAAUCCAAUUAUUCAAAUGCAGUACUUCUUUUUUAAAAAAAAGACAGUUUUGUAUUAUGUACCACACCAUAUAUUUUGCAUUACCGCUAUUCAUGUAUUGCUUUGCACCUCAUUGUUAAGUACACAAACCAGGUUUUUAGUAGCUAAUAAACUUUUGCCACAGACAAUAGUAACCCUUCUAUAUAAACUCUGCAGUUGGUAACAGUCUCAGUUACAGGAAUUUCUUACAUAUUUUACUGUCAUACACAAUCUGUCAUAUUAAAAUGUCCUACUGUCAUCUUCUAACUCAAUACGUCGAAAUCAUCCACAUCAUAAUCUUUUCAAAUGUGAUUUGCUAAUCUACUAUUUGUUUAGCUUCACUAGUAGCAUUUUGCUUCUUUUUAUUUGUAUUUAUAAAACAUGUACUAUCAUACUACUUUGGAUUGUUGUGCUAGUAUCAUGUGGGUUUAACAUCAAUAAAUAUUACACAAGUCAAUAA